AUGGGACGUCAAUGCCAGAGUCACUGGCCUUUAUCGUUACGUUUCUGUCUAUUAUUAUCGUUAUUACUACUCCCCCUCCCAGCGACCGCACUCAACCUCAACGUUACAGAUUCAGAAAAUAUCAAAGAGGUAGCCAGUCAACUAGCCUGGGACCUCGUCAGCUUCUACACUGGCAACAACACCGGCGACGUUCCGGGUAACCUCCCCGCCCCCUACUACUGGUGGGAAGCCGGCGCUUUUUUCGGCACCCUCGUCAACUACUGGCGAUAUACCGGCGACGAUACCUACAACAACAUCACUAUGCAGGCUAUUUUGCAUCAGGCCGGAACAGGUGACUUUAUGCCUUCCAACCAGACCCGCACCGAAGGCAACGAUGACCAGGCCUUCUGGGCCUUUACCGCACUCAUGGCGGCCGAACAUAAUUUCCCCAACCCACCCGAAGACUCGCCGUCGUGGCUGGCCAUGGCGCAAGCAGUCUUCAACGAGCAGGUCGCGCGCUGGGAUGAUCGGACCUGUGGAGGUGGGCUGAAGUGGCAGAUAUUUUCCUUCAACAACGGAUACACGUAUGGCAACUCCAUUUCGAACGGAGGGCUCUUCAACAUCGCAGCCCGUCUCGCACGGUAUACAGGGGAUCCCACGUAUGCCGAAUGGGCGAACAAGGUCUGGGACUGGGUCACAGACAUUGGACUGAUCGGUCCGGAAUAUUAUAUCUUCGACGGGGCGUACGAAAGCGACAACUGCUCCGAGCUCAAUCGAGUCGAAUGGACGUAUAACAAUGGUGUCUUUCUGCAUGGAGCCGCCCAUAUGUGGAACUAUACCAAAGGCAACUCCACAUGGAAACAGCGCAUCGAUGGUCUCCUCGACGCGCAGAGACUCUUCCUCUCGCCGAACAAGUCAUCCGAGAAUGUUCUUUAUGAAUACGCCUGCGAGACGAUCAACACGUGUCAAACCGACCAGUACUCCUUCAAAGCGUAUCUGGCGCGCUGGAUGGGGGAUGUUGCGCAGUUAGCUCCCUGGACCCGCGAUACCAUUGCAACUCGGCUGCGGGCUUCAGCCACGGCAGCAGCAGCGCAAUGUGUUGGCGGCAAGACAGGAACGUAUUGCGGAAUGCGAUGGACGACGGGCGAGUACGACGGCACGACAGGAGUGGGACAGCAGAUGUCGGCGUUGGAGGUGGUUAUGGCGAAUCUGUUCGAGACGGUCGCGGGGCCCUUGACGAAUAGCACGGGAGGAACGAGCAAGGGGAACAGUGCGGCGGGGAGGGGCUCCUCGGAUGGAACUGCGUUGCCCGACGAUACUAGUAUCGUCACGAUGACUGACCGAGUGGUCGCGUGGAUCGCAACUGGGGGAUUGGGGGUGCUGCUGGGGGGAUAUCUGUAUCUCGUGGUGACAUGA